AUGAGUCUCAAAGGUGUUGGAAAAAGCCUGACCCGAGCGCCCCAGCAGUUCAAACAGCGCUUCAACCUUGGUGACAAUACCAAAGACGCUGUAUACAUUGACGCUGAACGCCGCUUCGCUGAACUAGAAACCGAGACCAAGAAACUCCAUGAUGAGUCCAAAAAGUACUUUGAUGCCAUCAACGGUGUGUAUUAUCCUUACCACUUCACAACCCCAAAAACGAUCGUACCUCUGACAACUUUCUUAGGCAUGCUGAAUCACCAAAUCGAAUUCUCCAAAGCUAUCCAGGAAAUUUACAAGCCGAUAUCAGGCCGUGUUUCCGACCCGAACUCAACGAUCCCGGAGGGCAACCCCGAAGGUAUCCGAGCUUGUGAAGAAUAUGAGGCGAUCGUGCGCGAGCUCCAGGCUACAUUACAGCCCGAGCUGGAAAUGAUCGAGCAGCGGGUCAUAGCUCCUGCAGAUCAGCUAUUGGAAGUGAUCAAAUCUAUCCGCAAAGUGUCGGUCAAACGACAACAUAAGCAACUCGACUACGAUCGCCAUAGAGCCACUCUCAAGAAAUUGCAGGACAAGAAGGAAAAGACCCUCAAGGACGAGAAGGCGCUUUUCAAGGCAGAAAAUGAUGUCGAACAAGCCACUACGGACUAUGAAUACUUUAACAAUCUGCUCAAAGACGAACUACCGAAGCUAUUCGCGCUUGAGGCAGAGUUCAUCAGGCCGCUUUUCCAAUCCUUCUACUACAUGCAAUUAAACGUCUUCUACACACUGCAUGACAAAAUGCAAGGCAUCAAUAUCGGCUACUUCAAUUUGACCCUUGACAUCGAAGAGGCCUUCGAAAUGAAGAGAGGCGAUGUCCAAAGUCAAGCCGAGGCCUUAUCGAUAGUCCAUUUCAAGGGCACCGGAGGGAUCAAGGUAGCCAAAGGAGUGUCCAAAUACGCCGCCAAAUCAAAAGAGGCAGAAGCAAACAAAUCUACGUAUGGUAAUCGAAAAACGUACGACCCCGAGGCUGGAAUUGCUAAUCCACCACCUCCAUACUCACCCGCGACCUCCGCAAGCACUCCAAGCAGUCCUGCUCUGGCCGCUUCGAUUGCUGCCAAAGGCAAACCCCCACCACCCAAGCCCAAACCCAGUCGUUUGAGUGGGGUUCCAGCAGCGGAGACAGUGACAGCCUUGUACGAUUAUGAAGCUCAAGCAGAGGGUGACCUCAGUUUCAUGACGGGCGAUGUUAUUGAGAUCAUCUCAAGAACACAAAACGAGAACGAAUGGUGGAACGGACGGGUCAAUGGGAGGCAAGGGCAGUUUCCAGGUAAGUCGAUCCACAUGGUGCGCUUUUGA